UCGACAUUUGUUUAAACGGGUAGCACUUAAAUGCACCGGGGUUCUUCAUGUGAAAGUUACAGUUAGCUAGCUCGUAAUGAGCAUUAGUGAAAUACAAAGCACGUGUUUGGCGUAAAUAAAUGCCGGUAACCUUUAUGCAUUAGACACAGUUUCCCUCAAUCGGACAAAAUAACGUAUUGUCAACAAGCUAACUCAUGUUAGCGUCGGCUAAACUGUCGGCAGCAUAAGAUGUUCACAUCAGGCCUGUCGGCGGAGCAGCAGAGGGAGCUGGCGAAAAGACUCACCGCCUUCCUGUCUCAGUACGGCCGCUUGUCCGACUCCUAUAUCAUUGAGUUCUUCACUGAAGAUCUGUGGCACACGUUACCCACCAGCUGGCAGUCUGUGCUGCAGGACCUGUCCUAUCCACAGACUGCACACCUGUUAUUGGAUGUCACACCUGGGGACAGGAGAUAUCCUUCGGUGUGGCCUCUGUCGCUGUUGGCCUUCCGUGCCUCAGCUCACGCCCUGGCCUUUCCCAGAGAGUGCAGGCAGGAUGGAGGCUCGGCGAAGCCUGAGGAGUUCCUGGAAAACCAAAGUCAGAGUUCACUGCUGGGACACAUAUUCAGGAAACACGUCAAACCCAAGAAACAGCAUGAGAUCCGCAAGCUGGGCAAGCUGGUGAAACAACUGUGCGACCAGACCGGGUGCAGCAGGGUGGUGGAUGUGGGCUCGGGACAGGGUCACCUGACUCGCUUCCUGUCCUUUGGGCUCGGUUUGACUGUAACCGCAGUCGAGGCUGACCACACCCUGGUUGCUAUGGCGUCCAGAUUUGAUGGACAGUUAGUGUGUACCUUAGAGAAGGAAAAGCAGAAAAAGAACUGCUCCUCUCUGGUCCCAGUAUCACAGUCCUCUCCUCGCCAUGUGGCCGGCUGGGUAAACCCCAAAGCAUCAUGGGAGGCCUUCAUCAAGCAGCUGAAGACUUCACAUUGUGUCAGCGAAGGCCCCCCGACUCCCUCCGGACCCAGCAAAAAGAGACUUCGAGGCUCAGAACAUCGGGGACGUUCUCACGCGGUCCACCCUUCCACAGACUCGCAGGAUUUUGGUUCGAUUUCACAGCAACAGUCAAACACAGACGAGUCGCUGGAGGAGUCAUCUGCUGAAAACUCCUGCCCCUGUGACCGUCCUGACGACAACAGCCAGCCAGGCUAUCCAGACUUCGUCCUGACUGGCCUCCACGCCUGCGGCGACCUCAGUGCCACCCUCCUCCGCCACUUUGUCCACUGCCCGCAUGUACGCGGCAUCACCUCGGUGGCGUGUUGCUACAUGAAAAUCACAACCAAAGAAAAUCCCACCCCUCCAGGACUGGUCGUAUGUCCGACCCCAGCGACACCAGGCCAGGAAUCGCCUCCCUCAGAGUUUGGUUACCCCAUGAGCUCCUGGGUGCAGGGUUUGCCAGGACAUCAGCUGUCCUAUAAGGCACGGGAGGGGGCGUGUCAUGCUGUUGAAGACUACGUACGGAGGCUUCGGGAGGAGAGCGAGCUGCUGAAGACACACUGUUACCGGGCGAUGCUGGAGACCUUCAUCAGGGAUACGAGGCCAGACCUGCGCAGGGCAGGAAUCCAGACCAUAAAGAAAGCCCACCUACUACCAUUUACAGAGUACGCCCGUCUGGGUCUGGCCCGGGUCGGCCUGCCGCCGGAGCUGCCUCUGGACCCGCAGCGGGUGGAGGCCAUGUUGAAGCAGCAGGGCAGGGUGGUGGUGUACUUCAGCUUGACCCUGCUGCUGGCUCCUGUGGUGGAGACGCUGGUGCUGCUGGACAGGAUGAUCUACCUGCAGGAGAACGGUGUGGACAGUCAGCUAGUUCCUCUCUUUAACCCAAACUUUUCUCCGAGAAACUUUGUGCUGGUGGCGCUGAAGCCUGGACAAUAAUGACGAGAAAGUCACAGCACAUUAGCCACUCGUUUGGAGGAAAACGUCACACUUUUUGAGGAUUGACAUGAGACUAGUUCUCUUUUAAACAACAGAAGGAACCGCAAGUCUUAAAGCUAUUUUGACUUUAUCUUCCAUUUUUAGAAAUACCAAAUAUGAACAUUAAGAGAUGAUAAACCCUUCGGAUUUUAACCCUCUCGUUGACACACAAACAUGCCAGAAAUCUGAAGCUCUGGCUUCUCACUGCAUCACGAUGGACACUCACUUCUUCUGCCGUAACAAGCUGUGAAUCCUUACAACAGCUUUCACGCUGUCCAAACAUCAGGUUUUGUGUCUUCGUGAGAGCACAGAAGCAGUCAUGUGUUUAGCUUUUUUGGUUUCUGUGUGUGCAAAUGUUGGUGGUUUUGCAUGUUUUUUAUUUUAUUUAUUCUCAUUUUUUGUAAAUCAUGUUUUAAACUUCACUGCAUCUGUAACUUAAAGUAAUAAAAACAAUGUUUUUUAGUUGCAUGAGUUU